AUGAAUGUUGAUGAUGUCCUGGCUAGAGCUGGUUCUCAAGCAGUUUCAUUUGCUAUAAAAUCUGGUGUUUCAUUGGUAUCAUCGUACGCUUUAAAGACCUUGACUAAUUUAGUGAUAAAUUUACCAAAAGAUGAUAAAGAAGAUGAUGAAGAUUUGAAAAGACUUGAAAAUUUGAAGAAAAAAUUGGAGACAAGAGUUGCAAUUGUUUCAUCCACAAUAGAAUUGAUAAAAUUAGUUGCUGCAAGAGGAAAUACAAACUUAGAAAAUGUAAUAACUUUAACAAGUGAAUUGAAAAGGGAAAUUGAUAAUAUGGACGAAAGAUUGAGAUUAUUAGCUGAUCAAGCUGAAAAUUCAAAGAAACAAGAUUUAAAUAGUGGUAAAAAAGUUAUUGCAAAAAUUGAAUCUUACAUUAAAGAUGUUUUGAAUAGAAUCGACGAAGUGACUCCAUUUUUAAACCUAUCCCUAACUACAUCGGGUGCAAAUUUAAGUACCUCUUUACCUAAACAAAUCUCACCAAACUUAUUAUUACAAUCAUCAAAUUACAUCAAUACAAAUAAUUCAUUAUUUAAGGGUACAAAGAAAUCAAUAGAUAAACUUCAAGUAGGUCCUACUUUUCAAGUGACACUAUUUAGUGUGUUCUAUAAAAUGGGUGGAAAUCAAAAUAUAUUCUGGAAGGAAGAUAUGAGAAGAGCUGAUGUUAAACUAUUUAGAAUAAAAGAUGAAAAACUUGAAUACAACUAUAUAAUAAGAAUUGAACAAAAUUUUGAGGAUACGAGAUACCAUGACGAUGAUGAGAAAAGACACAUAAUAGAACUAAAGAUACCACAGAUUGUUAAACUGUUUUUUAGCGUCUCUGGUAAAUUACUUAACCUUGAAGAAAUGGACACUCCUGUAUUAGUUUUAAAGAUCGAUAAGAAUAUUGAAACAACUGGCAAUAUCAGUUCUACUGAAGAUAUUGUAUGGUAUGCACUAGGAGGAUAUGAAGAAAUCGAGACUAGCUCUGAGAAUGAAGAAUCUGACACUGAGGAGGAAUCUUUCAAGAGUGUUGAUGAAGAUAAUACAGAGGUCGAAAAUGUUUCUUUAUCAAUCAAACUAUUGGAGUUUAUAAUAAGGCUAGCAUCUUUGCAACUUAACGAUCAAAAAGAUAUCUUGGGAAUUAAAGAUGAAAGACUGUCUUUAUACUUAAAUGAUGAGAACCCAAACUCUAUAAGAGAUGUGAACGUUAAUAAGGUUGCCGAAAAAUUGCAUAAAAUAAAAUUACAAGACGACAAAUAA